CUUAUCUAGCAUGUUGAUAACAAUGUGAGCCGUUGGAAAUGGACGCGUUUUUAGGUAAAAAAUAUGUGUUGGCUAAUUCGGAAAACUUUGAGGACUAUUUAAUAUUUCUUGACUACGGAUACUUCGCUCGUAAGACAGCGAUGAGCUUAAGGCAGGAACACAUCCUGACCCUCAACGAUGAUGGAAGUUAUACUUUCGUGUUCACGUCACCGCUGGCCAGUUCCACCGUCACCUUCACACCAGGAGUCGAAUUGGAGGAGAUCAAGGCUGAUGGGGUUAAGGUGAAAUGCACAAUAACGUUGGAUGAUAACGUGAUGACUCACAUCCAAGUGGAAGAUAGCGGGAGGACUUCCAAGCACGUCAGAGAGUUCUACGAGGACAAGAUGAUUGUGACAACAACAGCAGAUGGUUUCAACAAAACUGCAGUAAGGUUUUAUGUUGCGGAAACAUAAAUGAAUCUCAGAAAAAAGUAGAAACAGAAGACAUGGAUGAAGACAAUCCAAAAGGAUUAAAAGAACAUUGAAGUAUACAGAGUCCUGGUGUGCGAACUCCAUCGGAAAUCUAUGAAAGUAUAGAGGAACUUGAGGUAUAUCGGAAUGAAUAUAUAACAUGCCCCAAAUAUAUAAUUAAAAGGACCAACAUUUAAUAAAUGAAAUUGCUCAAAAUUUUA